AUGUGCAACGUCAACGCGCUCGGAGUCUACGUGUGGGAGACGAUCGUUUUCUUCAGCCUGGCAGCCUCCAAAGAAGCUGAAGCAGCAGCACGAUCUGCCCCCAAACCCAUGUCUCCUUCUGAUUUCUUGGAUAAGCUGAUGGGGAGGACUUCAGGAUACGACGCCAGGAUCAGGCCAAAUUUCAAAGGCCCACCAGUGAAUGUCAGCUGCAACAUUUUCAUCAACAGCUUCGGUUCGAUUGCAGAAACAACUAUGGAUUACCGGGUGAACAUCUUCUUGCGACAGCAAUGGAAUGACCCACGGCUGGCAUACAAUGAAUACCCUGAUGAUUCUCUGGACCUGGACCCCUCCAUGCUGGACUCCAUCUGGAAGCCUGACUUGUUCUUUGCUAAUGAGAAAGGAGCCCACUUCCAUGAGAUUACCACAGACAACAAGCUGCUGAGGAUCUCCAGAAAUGGAAACGUCCUCUACAGCAUCAGGAUCACGCUGACUCUGGCCUGCCCCAUGGACCUGAAGAACUUCCCCAUGGAUGUACAGACGUGCAUCAUGCAGUUAGAAAGCUUUGGCUACACAAUGAAUGAUCUAAUAUUUGAGUGGCAAGAAAAAGGAGCCGUGCAAGUUGCUGAUGGGCUGACAUUGCCUCAGUUUAUCCUCAAAGAAGAAAAAGACUUGAGAUACUGCACAAAGCACUACAACACAGGCAAAUUCACCUGUAUAGAAGCUCGUUUCCACCUGGAGCGGCAGAUGGGCUAUUAUUUGAUCCAGAUGUACAUCCCCAGCCUCCUUAUUGUCAUCCUGUCCUGGAUCUCCUUCUGGAUCAAUAUGGACGCUGCACCAGCUCGAGUUGGCCUGGGGAUCACCACGGUGCUCACUAUGACCACUCAGAGCUCAGGCUCCCGAGCGUCACUGCCCAAGGUGUCCUACGUGAAGGCCAUAGAUAUCUGGAUGGCCGUGUGCUUGCUGUUUGUGUUCUCUGCACUUCUAGAGUAUGCUGCCGUCAACUUUGUGUCCCGGCAGCACAAAGAGCUGCUCAGGUUCAGAAGGAAGAGGAGGCAUCACAAGAGUCCCAUGCUCAAUCUGUUUCAGGAGGACGAAGCCAGCGAAGGCAGGUUCAACUUCACCGCCUACGGGAUGGGGCCAGCGUGCCUGCAAGCCAAGGACGGCAUCUCCGUCAAGGGCGCCAACAACAACAACACGGCCAACCCCGUCCCCCCGCCAUCCCGCUCCCCCGAGGAGAUGCGGAAGCUCUUCAUUCAGCGAGCCAAGAAGAUCGACAAGAUCUCGCGCAUCGGUUUCCCCAUGGCGUUCCUCAUCUUCAACAUUUUCUACUGGAUCAUCUACAAGAUCGUCCGCAGGGAGGAUGUGCACAACCAGUGA